UAAAGCUAAAAAUGCCUUAGUGGUUUUGUUGCGGAUUUCUUCACCCACUGAUUUCUCUUUGUACUUCCUCAUAAUCUCUCUAUAUAUAUAUAUACACACACACGCACACAUGCAUGCAUGCAUAUGUAGUAUACUGUAUGCACACACGCCUUUGUGCCCUGCAGAUUCACGGCGAUUUCUCAAGUGUUUAGAUUUUGAAAUUAUAACCCUAAAGCUUUGAAAACAGGAAAACGGAUCAUUUCGCUUAGUUUUAUUUUUCCUUGUAGAUCUUUCACCUGCAGAGAAAUCGUUUUUUUUUUCUCUGAGAAAGUUGGCGAGAAAGUGCGAGAAAGUCGGGAGGGAAAGAAGAAAAGUUUUCGUCUUUACUUCUGUUUGGCUUUUUUCCCCCCCUUACUUUCUAUUUGGAUGCUUUAUUUUUUCUCGGCCAUGGAAACAACAGAAAAGAUCUGCAAACAUGGAAGAUGACAUCUUUGUUCUUAUACCGUCUCUGAAUUCAGCUAAAGAGAUCCUCUUUCUGAUCCUAAAGUGAAUUAUGCUGAGGAAGAGAUCGAGAAGCAAGCAAGCUUUAAUGGCGGAUCCGAGCGGUAAACAGAGCAAAGCGACGUCGUUUCCAAGGCUCUUUACUGCCUUCGGCAGCUUCAAGAGCUUCACCACCGAAAACGACGCCGUCGACAGUCCAACAUCCACUCUCGACCCAAAACCCUUCUCCGUUGCUAAAAACCCGAUAACCCGCAAACCCGACCCGGAACCCAUCGGUCUCGCCAUCGUCAUCGAUUCUCUCCUCGACGAAGAUAAACCCGAACCCGGUUUGACCCGACCCGGAUCCCGGACAAUCGUAUUCGGGUCGCAGCUCCGGAUCCAAAUCCCCGGGAUCAAAACGUCGACGAACAACAAUUCUCAGCCGAGCUCGAUUAACCGGACGGGUCAUGACCCGGCCCGGAUGUUCACGGGUCAUCAUCUCUCGGCGAGCGAGAUGUUGUCGUCGGAGGACUACACGUGCGUCACGUGCCACGGACCCAACCCGAGAACGAUCCAUAUCUUCGAAAACUUGAUCGUGGAGAGCCAAUCCGACGUCGUUUACUUCCGGAUCCUCGACCCGGAAAGCGAAAACGGGUCGGGUCAUUGCUCGCCGGACCAUUUUCUGAGUACAUGUUGCAACUGCAAGAAGAAUCUUGGACCUCGCGAAGACAUUUUCAUGUACAGGGGGGAGAGAGCCUUUUGUAGCAGCGAAUGCAGAUCCGAGGAGAUGAAAUUGGAGGAACCGAACACGAAAUAAAGCUUUUGAACUAUAUAUAUAUAUAUAUAUAUAAUUGUGAAUGAUGAGGCGUUAUAAUAUUAUUAAUAAUAGCGAUAUUGAUUAGAAAAAUAAUCAUAAAUUUUGUCUGUUAAUCUAUCCUCCCUGCAGAAUUUGUAUCUC